AUGCAUUACUCGACCAUCCUCGCGGCUGCGUGCAGCCUCUUGGCGGCCCAGGGACUCGCGGCGCCUAAUAAUCCACCCAACUACGGCAACACGGUCACCGUGACAAAGACCAAGGAGAUCACGCAAUAUCGCACCAACACUGCGUUCAAGACGACGACUGUAGCAGGCUCCUGCUCGGCUUCGAGCUCCCAUAGCGCUAGUCUCAGCACGAGCCAUAGCAGCAGCACAUCGCAUACCUCCAGCGCGACGAGCCUCACGUCUUCCUCGACCGCGUCCUCCCCGACCGCGUCGUCGUUGUCGUCGUCGUCGGGAGUUGGCUACUCAAGCACAACGUAUGCCACAACACCAGCAUACCCCUUUUGCACUUCCUACGCGACUCCUUUCGCCUCAGUUGACCGUACCCAUCCAAGACUCUUCAAUUACAAUGGAACUGGAGCCAAAUACUUUGCCGGUACCAAUACCUGGUGGGCGAGCCACAUCUUGUCCGACACAGACCUGGACACCGUGUUCUCGGAUAUCAAGGCGUCGCAGCUCCAGGUGACCCGCGUGUGGGGCUUUGGCAGUGUCAACACCGACCCUGGCCCAGGUACUGUGUUCUUUCAGCUACUCAACAGCACGGGUUCCUACCUUAAUUACGCCGCCAAUGGCAUUCCUAGGCUCGACGCCGUGGUUUCGUACGCUGAGAAGAACGGCAUCAAGCUAGUACUGCCAUUUGUCAACAACUGGAGCGACCUGGGCGGCAUUGCCUCCUACAAUGCCGCAUUUGGUGGCAAUGCCACGACUUGGUAUACCGAUACUCAAAGCCAGCAAGUCUACAGGGACUACAUCAAGCUUCUCGUUAAUCGUUACAAGUGCUCGUCCGCUAUCUUCGCGUGGGAGCUCGGGAAUGAGCCAAGAUGCCAUGGCUGCCCAACCAGCGUGAUCUACAACUGGGCCACCGGAGUAUCCGAGUAUAUCAAGAGUCUUGACAGCAAGCACAUGGUCACUCUUGGCGAUGAAGGCUGGUUCGCGCCACCUGACAACAUUGGCGAUGGUUCAUAUGCGUACAGUGGUGCUGAGGGCGUGGACUUCAGUCUGAACCUUGGCAUCAAGACGCUCGACUACGGCACCUUCCACCUCUACCCAGACAGCUGGGGUUAUAACGAGACUUGGGGCUCGACAUGGAUCGUUGAGCACGAUGCUGUAGGCGCCAAGUACAACAAACCCGUGGUGUUGGAAGAGUACGGGUUCGCUACCGUCCCAGGCAACCAUACUGCGGUCGAAGAACCAUGGCAACAGACAUUGCUUCUCAACACUAGUAUCGCCAUGGAUCAAUUCUGGCAAUUUGGCCUCCCGAGCUUGUCUAGCUUGAGUGAUGCAAACACCAUCUUCACCAACGAGACGGAAUAUAUCACGCUGGCAGAGGACCAUGCAGCGGUCAUGCUCGAAAAGGCUGUAUAG